AUGGGAAACGACGCGGAAACUACGCCGCCAGCUGCUUCCGCAGCCGCGGAAGAGCAGAAGCCAGCCGAUGCCGCCCCCGCCGACGCGGCUCCCGCAGUAGAUGCUGCCGCCACGGAGGGGGAGGAAAAGAAGGAGGGGGAGGGAGCGGAGAAGAAAGAGGGGGAGGGGGAGGGAGAGGGCGAGGGCGAUGGGGUUGCUAAGAAGGACGCCGAUGAGCUUCAGCUGUACCCUCUUGCGGUGAAGGGACCUGCCGGAGAGGAGAUCGAACUGCAGGUCAACCCCGCAGAUACAGUGAUGGAUUUGAAGCAGUUUUUGGCCGACGCGCCCGAGACGUGCUUCUAUACCGCGUACGACCUUAUCCUCACCAAGCCGGACGGAUUGCGUUACCACCUGAUGGAUUACGUGGAGAUCGGGGAGGUCGCUGACGUGGCAGCCGGCGGGUGCCUGCUGGAGAUGUUCAACACGUUCUACGACGACCGCGCGGUGCGGCUGCACGUGCGUAAAACGAGGGAGCUUAUAUCGAUGGCGGGGUCGUACUCUAGCGCGUCUACGGCCAUGGCGGCGGAGUAUGAGCUAGUUAAGGGUCUCGCGACGGAGCGCGAGCUUGGAGGGGAUGAGAAGGAGGAGGGGGAGGGGAAGGAGGGCGAGGGGGAGAAGGGGGAGAAAGACGGGGAGAAGGACGAGGAGGGCGGGGAGUGGAAGAAGAGCGGGAAGGGGAAGAAGGGGAAGGGGCGGCGGAGCAAGGAGGAGGAGGCGAAGGAGAAGGAGCGGAGGGAGAAGGAGAAGGAGCGGGAGCGCAAGGCGAAGCUUCCGAGCAGCAAGGCGCGGAUGGAGGAGAUCGCGUCGCUGGAGCAGGGCGUGGGGCUGGGCGAUGAUCCCAAGGGCGUGCUGGCCAAGGUGAUGGUCAAGGGCGGCGCGGACGAGGACGCCGCGCCCGUUUGCGUCGAGAGCAUUGCGUUCUCCUCCUUCAACCCCGUGCCCGGCCCCAGGAGGCUCCAAGGCGAUCUCGUGUAUCUGGAGGUGGUGACGGCGGAAGGAAAGCUCUUCUGCGUGACGGCGCACACGAGGGGCUUCUUUGUCAACCGCAGUGGCAGCGGCCGCAAGCUGGACCCGCGCCCCGCUGAGCCCAAGAUGGACGCGUCCACUCUCAUCGGGCUGCUGCGCCAGAUCAGCCCGCUCUUCUCCAAAGCCUUCGCGGAGGUGAUCGAGCGCAAGGCCAACCGCCACCCGUUCGAGAACAUGCUGGCGCCGCUGCCGCCCAACGACUGGGCGGCAAAGCCCAUCUGGGGCGGCGCGGACGGCACGGGGCCGCUACAGUACACGCGCGACGUGGCGCGAUCGGAAGACGCUCUAAUGGCCCCCUUCGGUAUCAAUUUCAGCGGCGUUCUGAGGGACUGGAACGAGGAGCUCCAGAGCUGCAGGGAGUUACCGCGUAACUCGUUACAAGACCGGAUUCUGCGCGACCGGGCGUUGUAUCGAGUCAGCUGCGAGUUUGCUGAUUCGGCGGUGCGCGGCGCGAAGGCCGUGAUUGGCCGGUCGAUCCCGCCGAUCAACCCGCAUGACGCGGAUCGGUUCCAUAUGUAUGUUCAUAAUAAUAUCUUCUUUUCCCUUGCUGUGGAUGGGGAUUUUGCGGCGCUGCAGCAGAUUAGAGAGGCGGAGCUGAAGCAGCAGGCGGAGGCGGAGGCUGCUAAGAAGGGGGAGGGGGAGGGCGGGGAGAAGAAGGAAGGGGGAGAGGAGGGGAAGGAGGAGGGGAAGAAGGAGGGGGAGAAGGAGGAGGAGAAAAAGGUGGAGACGAAGGAGGAGAAGAAGGAGAAGAGGGAUAAGAAGAAGAAAGAAAAGAAGGAUAAGAAGGAGAAGGAGAAGAAAGAGCAGGAGGCGGCAGCAGAGGAGAAAAAGGCGGAGGAGGCAAAGGCAGAGGAGGGAGAUAAGAAGGAAGGGGAGAAGAAGGAAGGAGAGGAGGCGGAGAAGAAGGAGGGCGAGGAUGCAGCAGCAGCGGCAGCGGCAGUGACAGAGGCGGAGCAGGCAACGUAUGCAUCGUCCAACAACGAUCUCAAGGGCACCAUGGCUGUGAACAAUGCGGACAUCCCCGGGCUCUACUCGCUUGCUAUGGCCAUUGUGGACUACCGCGGGCACCGAGUCAUCGCCCAGAGCAUCAUCCCGGGCAUCCUGUAUGGCGACCGCACGACUCAGAUGCUGUACGGGUCGGUGGACACGGGCAAGACCAUCAAGUGGAGCGACUCCUUCCACCCCAAGGUGGCGGAGCUGGGCAAGGCGCUGCACCUGAAGGAGCACAAGGUGACGGACGGCGAGGGCAAGGAGGCGACGCUGUGCUCGCCUGUGGAGACUAAGGGCAUUCUGGGCAGCGAUGACAGGAAAUACCUGUUGGAUCUGAUCCGCCUCACUCCCCGCGACGCCAAUUUCACCGCCACCACCACCACCACCACCACCACCACCACCACCACUACCACCGGUAGCGACGGCACCGAUACCAACACCACUGCCAACGCUGCCAACGCCGCCAAUGCGGCCAACCGCCUGGCGAUUCUCCGCCCCGAGCUGGUGGAGAAGUUUUGCCGGGAGGAGCAGGUGGAGCGGUGGAUGGCUCAGAAGGGAGUGAGUGAGCGGCCGAGCGCAGAGGAGGUGGAGGAGCUGAGGGAGAAGGGCGAGCUGCCUGCCGUGCUGUUCAACCCCAACGCGCUGACUGAGUUCAAACUGGCUGAUGAUGCCAAGGAGGUGGAGGAGGACGAGGCGUUGGUGCGCAAGGCAGGCAAGUACCUGAUUGAUACGGCGCUGCCGGCACUAGUGGCAGAUAUCAAGAGCUCCGAGGGGUGGCCCGUGGAUGGGCGCUCGCUCGCCAGCACCAUGCACGCCCAUGGCGUCAACCUGCGCUACCUGGGCCGGGUGGCAAAAGAAGUGGCUGACGUGGAGCAGGUGUACUGGCUGUGCGUGGCGGAGAUGGUGGUGAGGGCCACCAAGCACGUGCUUAAAGCUGUUCUCCGCGAGACGCUCGAGCAGGACGUGGCCGGCGCCAUCGCCCACUUCCUCAACUGCUUCCUCGGCACCUCCACCACCACGCCGCCGCCCACGCUCCCCGGCGUCGGGGAUACGGACAAAACGGAGGGCGGCGUGGGCGGCGGCGGGGGGAAGAAGAAGAAGAAGGGGAAGGGGGGAGAGAGGAAGGAUGGGGAGGAGAGGAAGGAGGAGGGGGAGGAGAAGAAGGAGGCGUUUCUGUUUGUGGUGGAUGUGCCGGGGUAUACUCGUAUCACGGCGGAUAUGGUGUGGUCUGAUAUCACUGAAGGCGUCAAGUACAAGUAUCAGUUCGAGAUCCCUCCCGAGACGCGCAAGAUGGUUCGCAGCCUCGCCACCCUCCGCAACAUCUGCCUCAAGAUGGGCAUAGUCCUGGCUGCGAGGGACUACAAUCUCGAGUGCGACGUGCCCAUUGCAAUCGCAGACGUGUGCGACCUGCUGCCGCAAGUCAAGUUCGCCUCGCCUGCGUGCAGCGACGCUCAGAAGCUGCUGGAGAAGGGCAAGAGCCUCGUGCACAAGGUCGGCUUGCCUCUGCGUCCGCGCUUCUCCGCGACCCCUCAGAGCGGGCAGUGGCUGCGGGAGCACGAGACAACGCUCAACUCCGCGUUUGAGAUUCUCAGCGAGGCCUACCAGAUCCUGCAGCAGGUUUGCGGACCUCUUCAUCUGGACGUUGCAGCAUGCUGCAGGUACCUGGCUCUGAUCUUCUAUCACGCGGGGGAGACCGGCAACGCCAUUCUGCAGCAGCACCGCGAGCUGAUUAUCAACGAGCGCGUGGUGGGGACAGACCACCCCGACACCGUGCACAGCUACGGCAACAUGGCGCUCUACUUCCACGCCAUGGGAGAGUCCGAGCUCGCUCUGCGCCACUUCAAGCGCACCCUGCAGCUGCUCUCGCUCUCUGCAGGCAACGACCACCCGGAGGUGGCUUCUCUGUUUGUCAACAUCGCCCUCACUUACCAGGACAUGGGCAAGCUACAGAAUGCCAUGAAAUACCUGCAGGAGGCUGUGCGAGUCAGUGAGAAGCUGCUGGGGGAGAAUCACGUGCAGGUGGCCGUGUGUCACCAUGCGCUCGCCCUUGCGUUCUCUUCCAUGGGCGCCUUCAAGCUCGCUCUACAGGAGGAGCGCAAGGCGCAGGCGGUGUUUGAGAAGGCGGUGGGGAAGGAGGACCCGCGCACCAAGGAGUCGGAGCAGUGGGUGCAGUCGUUCCUCGACCGCGAGCUCAGGGCGCAAAAGCAGAAGGUGGGGCAAUCAGCAGCAACAGUCCAGCAGCAACAAGCAGCGGCUCUCCGUGUGGCCGAAGCUCUCAAGGUGCUGCAGGCAGCAGCAGCGCCCGGAGCAGGAGGCUCCACCUCGUACCAGCGUGCCGUGGCUGACGCUCUGCUUCGGGGAGAGGUCCCCCCACCUGCUCCCGGAGCUGGUGCAGGCAGGUUCGGCGGAGGCAUGGGAGCUACAGGCUCCUCAGGCACUGGCAUUCGAGCCAGAGGUGUGGACGAGCGGGCUUCCAGGGCUGCUGCAGAGGCUCGGCGGAAAGCAGCGGCUCGGGGGGUGAACCUACGAGGAGCUGCAGGUUCGGCAGGUGCCCGAGCCGGUGCACCCAGUGCAAUGGACAUGGAAGAACUGAUUAAUUUCAUCAAUAGCACGUCACCAGCUUCUGGUGCGGCUAGCUCUUCCGCUAGUAAGACAGGCUCGGCACCUGCUCCGGCAGCUGGCUCGGCAGGUGGUUCGGCGGCGCCUGCUGGGCUUGGCGGUGUGGGCCUUGGUGUUGGCGUUGGUGCUGUCUCAGGAGCUCCGCCUCCCACGAAAGCUGGAGGAAAGAAAGGUGCGGGAGCAGCAGCGGCAGCAAGCAAGCCUGCAGCUACCGCAAAUGGGGAAACAAGUCAAGGGGAUGCUCCUCUGGGUCUGGGUGGGGGGCUUGCCCCCUUGCCUGGUGGCAAGGAGACCCUUUUUCCCGCCAAGACCGAGGCCGGUAUCCAGGUCGGCAACGCCUGCUGGGAGCUCUACUGCCUGGAGCAUGGCAUCCAGCCUGAUGGCCAGCUUAUGACCGGCGAGAAGACCUGCGGAGGAGGCGAUGACGCCUUCAACACCUUCUUCAGCGAGACUGGCGCUGGCAAGCACGUUCCUCGUGCUGUGUUCCUCGAUCUGGAGCCGACUGUGAUCGACGAGGUCAGGACCGGUGCCUACAGGCAGCUGUUCCACCCCGAGCAGCUCAUCUCCGGCAAGGAGGAUGCUGCCAACAACUUCGCCCGUGGUCACUACACCAUUGGCAAGGAGAUCGUUGACCUCUGCCUUGACCGCAUCCGCAAGCUUGCUGACAACUGCACUGGUCUCCAGGGAUUCCUGGUCUUCAACGCCGUUGGCGGUGGUACCGGUUCCGGUCUCGGCUCCCUCCUCCUGGAGCGCCUGUCCGUGGACUACGGCAAGAAGUCCAAGCUCGGCUUCACCGUCUACCCGUCUCCUCAGGUGUCGACCUCCGUGGUUGAGCCGUACAACUCCGUGCUCUCCACCCACUCGCUCCUGGAGCACACCGAUGUCGCCGUUCUCCUCGACAACGAGGCCAUCUACGACAUCUGCCGCCGCUCCCUGGACAUCGAGCGUCCCACCUACACGAACCUGAACCGUCUCGUGUCUCAGGUCAUUUCUUCCCUGACUGCCUCCCUCCGCUUCGACGGCGCUCUGAACGUGGACGUGACUGAGUUCCAGACCAACCUGGUGCCCUACCCUCGCAUUCACUUCAUGCUGUCCUCCUACGCUCCGGUCAUCUCCGCCGAGAAGGCUUACCACGAGCAGCUGUCCGUGGCUGAGAUCACCAACAGCGCGUUCGAGCCUUCAAGCAUGAUGGCCAAGUGCGAUCCUCGCCACGGCAAGUACAUGGCCUGCUGCCUGAUGUUCCGUGGAGACGUCGUCCCCAAGGAUGUCAACGCCGCCGUUGCUACCAUCAAGACCAAGAGGACCAUCCAGUUCGUCGACUGGUGCCCUACUGGAUUCAAGUGCGGUAUCAACUACCAGCCUCCCACCGUGGUGCCUGGUGGCGAUCUCGCCAAGGUGCAGCGUGCUGUGUGCAUGAUCUCCAACUCCACUUCCGUGGCGGAGGUCUUCAGCCGGAUCGACCACAAGUUCGACCUCAUGUACGCGAAGCGUGCAUUCGUGCACUGGUAUGUCGGUGAGGGCAUGGAGGAGGGCGAGUUCUCUGAGGCCCGUGAGGACCUGGCUGCGCUCGAGAAGGACUACGAGGAAGUCGGUGCUGACUCCACUGAGCCCGGUGAUGAUGAGAACGAGGAGUACUAG